GAGGGGGAGGUGAGCAGGUGGACUGAGCCUCAGUCAGAGCUGGUCAUGACUCUGAAUUCAUGCUGAUAGAGACGAGAAGGAAGCCGACAGAGUGAGGAGCCAUCAAGGGUUACAGGAUGGUGAAGUGCUGGAAGCAUUCAGAAGGACGGUGCUCGGGUGGAGGUUUGGAUUCGUCUCACUUCCCACACAAAGCCUUCUGGAUUAGUCUCUCAGCACUCCUGCUCCUGGUCACUGUGGCUCUCGGACUGGCCGGCCACCUUGCGCUGACGGGGCCCCGCUCCAAGUCUCUGCAGGGCGUGAGAAUCACCUCACCAGAUCAACUCAACCAGUCGGCUGUUGUGGACCUGCAGAACCGCCUGGUGACGUUUUCCGUCACCUCAUCAGGAAACCGGACGUCCACGGUGCUAUUUGAUGUCAAACACGGUUUGAUUUGCUACAAACCUUUGGACCAGAACACCUGUUUCCUCCAAACAAUGGAGCGGUCGGACUACGACCAUGUGGGCGCCUUUCUCAAUCAAUCACAACACAAGAGAAACGUUCAGCUGUCUGGGAACGAGACGCAGAGGAGGACGGAGUUCCUGGGAGUGCUGUCCGCCAGUCAGGUGAACGAGUCGGCGUUAGAGGAGCCUCUUGGGACUCUGUGUCGGGACAGAUCUGUCCACUGGACACGGAGGACAGACGGUCCAGGCAAACAGAGAUUGGUUUACUUCUGCAUCGACAUCUGCUUCCCCAGCAACAUCUGUGUGUCCGUGUGCUUCUACUACCUGCCAGAGUGACCUCAGAGGUCCCUCAUUCACCAGCAUGGUGGGGUGGGGGGGUUCCUCCAUCAUCAUAAACUAGUGAAGCUGCCAACCAAUGAAUUCCAUCCUUUCAGAGACAGAAAACAUGGGAGGCAGUCCUGGUUGUCUUUAAACUCUCAUCACCCCGUUUCAUGUCUACUACGCCCUCUGCUGGCACAAUCUGAAAACUCAAGACAAAAAGCCUCUUUUCUUUUUAAUCACGACUGGAACGUAAAUAUUUACAAUCAUUGUUGUAGAAAUGUUUUACUUG